UAGUGUAGUAGAAACAAGUUGUGCCUCAACGAAAUAAUGCAAAACCAGAGAGUGCUAUGGUUUUGGUCCCUUCUAUUCUCAUUUAUAUUAAGAAGCUCCACUUCACUAGACAAUAUAACUCCUGUUCAAUCCAUCACCGAUGGAGAGACAUUAAUUUCGCUUGGAGGAACCUUUGAACUUGGCUUCUACAGCCCCGGAAAUUCAAAUGGCCGAUACUUAGGCAUAUGGUACCAUAACAUAUUCCCUAAGGUAGUGGUGUGGGUGGCAAACAGAGAAAAACCCCUCAACAACACCUCAGGAGUUCUAAAACUCACCGGCGAAGGACUACUUGUCCUUGUUAAUCGCAGCAGCAACAGCAGCAUUGUGUGGUCCACCAACAUGUCAAGCAAAGUGGAAGAUAAAUGGAAUCCAGUUGCACAGCUCUUGGAGUCAGGAAACCUUGUUGUCAAAGAUGGCCAUAAUGGAGACCACUUUCUAUGGCAGAGCUUUGAUUAUCCUUGUGAUACUUCGUUGCCAGGAAUGAAGCUGGGAUGGGACCUUGGAACAGGUCUAGAGAGGACUCUAUCAUCUUCAAAAAGUAUCGAUGAUCCCGGCCGCGGACACUACACACUUAGAAUAGACCUUAGAGGUGAUCCACAAAUAGUUCUAAUGAAUGGAAAUGCCACAACAAUUAGAGUAGGGCCAUGGAAUGGGCUAAUGUUUUCAGGAGCUACAACUUAUUUGCGCUAUAGCCAAUUUUCAUCUCAAUUUGUUUUCAAUGAACAAGAAGUGUUUGUUAGGUUCAGACCGGAAAAUACAUCCAAAUAUAUUAGAGGUGUAGCGUACCCUUGGGGAGCUUUGCAGGUUUUGCAUUGGUCAAUACAAACCAGAGGCUGGGAGACCCUUAUUUCUAUACCGGAGGCCGAAUGUGACAAGUAUGCUAUUUGUGGUGCAAAUUCUAUUUGCAGUACUACUCCUACUCCUGUCUGUUCAUGCCUUGAAGGAUUUGCACCAAAAUAUCCUGGAAAAUGGAAGGAAUCUGAUUGGUCUGAUGGUUGUGUUAGGAUCACUCCUUUAAGUUGCAGCAGAGAUGGAUUCAAGAAGGUCACCGGCAUAGUGUUGCCGGACACGUCUUCUUCUUGGUAUAACAGGACCAUGAACCUGCUGGAAUGCAAGGAAUUCUGUCUGAAGAAUUGUUCUUGUACGGCAUAUUCCAAUUUGGAUAUCCGUGAUGGAGGAAGCGGUUGCUUGAUCUGGUUUCAUGAUCUUAUUGACAUUAGACAAGGGUCACAAGACUUCUAUAUCCGAAUAGGUAUGCUUCUUAUUUACAUUUUGUUUUUGAUUACCUGCAUUAUAAUUUCACAAUACAUAAUGUAA